CACUAAUUAAGUUUUUUAAAAAUCAUUUUAGAAAAAACCUCUAAAUUGCGAUGAUAAAGCUUCGGUAAAGAUGGAGCUAAAACGGAAACCCCCCUCAUUCAAGGGUAAGGACGGGUUUUGGGAGAGAAAUCUGGCUAAAGAAGGACGAAGAGAGGGGAGAUUCGAAGGACGCAUGAAUGAACGUAGAGAGGGUAGAUCAAUAGAACGACGGGAUGAACGAUCGAUGGAUCGGCGUGAUGGUCGAUCGAUGGAUCGACGAGACGCUCGUACAGAAGAAAAAAACAGUGGAUACUCAAAGUUGGAAAAUUGGAACAACAACAACAACAACAACAACAACAACAACAACAACAACAACAACAUGAAGAACAACAAUUAUAUUGAUAAAAUUGAUAAAAAACAGCGAGGAUACCAAGAUGAGAGUAAGCGCCAAGAUUAUAAAGAAUAUCAGGUUGAUAAGAGAAGGUGGGGUUGGGCUGGUCAAGAUACAGGCCACAAACCUAUAAGUACACAAUCUGCAGGACGGAUACAUCAGGACGGAGACUACAUUGAGAUGUCAAGCCUAGAGACUCUAGGUACCUCCGGAGAUAGCAGUGGAGAGAGCCAGCAUUACCAGCCUUCUAUUCAUUCUAACUAUUCAUCUAAACAUUAUAUCAGAAAGCUCCAGAACACAACAGCUAAUUAUACAAGAUCAAGAUCAAUUUCAAGAUCUCGGUCUAUGGGUCCAGUAUCCAACUUUAACUCUCAGGGAUCCCAGUAUCCAUCCCGGCCCCAAUCUCAGUUUCCGUCCCGUUCCAUCUCUCUAUAUCCGUCCCGUUCCAUCUCUCAGUAUCCGUCCCGAACCCAAUCCUUCUCCUCCCUGGCAGAUCCGUAUGUAGGAGGAACCUCUCUUAAUCUUAAACCUCUCCGUAGCCUCUCUUCUCAGAUGUUGUAUUUUGACAAAACCACAGAUUCUAUAUCGGAGAAGGAUCAUGGUAGACCAACCCGCAGCUACAAAUCUAGCCCGGGCCGGUCAACUCUGCUUGACCUAAAAAAUGUUCGAAUUAACGACAGCGAAAUUCAACAGGAUGAUGCCCUGGUUAUAGUAGAACUAUCCCGCAAAGCUCUAGUACGGGGUGGAGUAGAUGGUCUCCAGGGUUCAGCUCUAUAUGGCAGGGUUGCUGGUUGGAUUAAGGAUAAUGUUGAAGAAGAGCUAGGAGAGUCAUCUUGGCAGUGUAUUGUGGGAGCUAAGAGUGUGUUUGGAUGCUGUCUCUCCCCUCUACCUAACUGCUAUUUCAACUUCGAUAUAGGCGACAUCACAAUUCUUAUCUUCAGAGGAUGAUUGCCUUUGGCAACUCUAAACUGUUAACUUUUCGGGGGUUUAUGGUGGGAAUAAAGAAUUUGUGGAAAAGGAAGUAGGCUCAAGGUUUGAUUUAGAAUAAUCUAAUUAUGCAGUUAAGUUAAUUUUCAAACUAAUGCUAUAACUAUUUCUUACGUAACACCAAUCAAAAUAACGUUGCUUAGAUGUCGUCUUGAUAUUCCACUAUUUUACAUGACCCACUAUAUUUUUUACAAAAUUCCUAUUUCGUACACUUAGAUCAGCUUUAAAAACUUAAGGCAUUAACGUAAACACAUUUUCAUCUCGUUGUG